AUGGGGCUGGCAUCAGAGAAUUUCAACUGCCCAAGCAAGUGCAGCUGUCAGUACCUGGAAGUGAACUGCACAGGGCAACAGUUGCAGGAGUUCCCUGUGACCAUCCCACUGGAUACCAGGCAGCUGAUUCUGGCAACAAACAAGAUCUCAUACCUGCCUGCAGUAGAAUUGAGCUUCCUCGCUGACCUGGUCUAUCUGGACUGCCGGGAGAACCUCUUGGGGGAUGACCUGGAUUUUACCUUCACUGGUGUGGCGAAGCUCAUCUACCUGGACCUCAGCUUCAAUAACCUCACGCAGGUCACCUUCAGCACCUUCUCACAGCUCAUCAGCCUGGUAGUGCUGAAGAUGUCAGACAAUCCCAACCUUGUGGAGAUUGAGAAGGAUGCCUUUGCCAACAACACCUGGCUGAGGUACCUGGAUGUGAGCCGGACUGGCUUACUGUUCCUGGAUACCAGCACUGUCCGCAAUCUGCCCAACCUGAGGUUUCUGGGGCUCAGUGACAACCUUUGGCAUUGCAACUGUUCCUUCUUGGACUUCACUGCCUGGAUGACAAAGAGCAACGUUCAUUUUCCAGAUGCUGAGAACAUCACCUGCUACACACCAGAAGGUCUACGUGGCUUGAAAAUGUCUGCAGUGAAAGCACAGCUCCAGUUCAACUGUCUGACCCAAUUGCACAAGCGGGACUACAUCUUUCUGUGUCUCAUUGGCUUCUGUAUAUUCUCCGCUGGCACUGUGGCAGCCUGGCUGGCUGGCAUCUGCGCAGUGAUAUAUGAAGUCCACACUGCAAAGGGGGAGGACGACGAAGAGGAAGAGGAAGACACAACCACUUAG